CAACAGCAACAUCAGCAGUAAACGUUUAGGAGCAGCAGUCAGUAUGAGCAACGGCGUUAGCAGUCACAACACAGCAAAGGCGCGUCAAGAAAACUCGGUUCAGCAAUCUGUGUUGUGAACGCGUUUUUCGCUACUUAUAAAUUUUUUUUUUUUUUUUUUUUUUUAAUUUUUUCGAUUUUGUGCAAAAAGGAAAUUUUCAUUUAACGUUAGCGGUGCACACUGGCAAGCGGUCAGUCAUAUUAUGGACGUGCCGGUGAGCGUAUGCCGGUUUGCAGUGUUACAGUUUUAACUAAAAAGAAUAAUAACAAAAGGAAAAAACAAUAUCAUAAAUUAAAUACGUAAAUUUACAGCGCCAAGCUUACGCGCAACUAAUACGUAAACGCGACUCAACGCGUACACACGCAUCUGAGUUUUACGAAAAAUACGAACUGAAUUCAUUAAAUAAUAAAAUUUAAAAAAGUAUUUAAAUUACUUAAAAAAAAAAUCGCAUUACGGCCUGAGCAGCAGCUCAUUACAAAGCUGCAAACGUCGCCUGGUGUUGAUCUGUCUGUCCAUACGCACUCGAAACUCGAUCAAUCUGUGUGUUGAAUGCUUGUAUUUACAUACAAACACACUUCUGUAAAUUUGACGGCCAGUAAGUCAAUCAGACGCGGCGGGUGGUGUGGCUUUAUCGGUGCUAAAUCGUGUGUCAAGGCGUGAAAGUAACAAGUCUAAGUGCAUACGAGCAUACAUACAUACAAAUGUACAAAUAUUGGCAUUACAAAUGUUGAAUUUGUUUGAUAAUAAAUAAUAUAAGAAAACGUUUAAAUAAAUCGCUUUCGGCGGCAUAUAAAUUUCUUGCACAAGUAAAGUCACAAGCGCAGCAUAAAUACCUUUUAAAGAAAAACAAAAACAAAAAAAUAAAUAAAAAUAAAAAUAAGAGAAGCGCAAAACAAUUUGUUUUACAAGCCGUUAACGCCUUGCGAUUUUUUAAAUGCUACCUAAAUGUUAUACAAGCGUGCAAUUAAAUAAUAAUAAAAAUACCAUUUUGUGCCGUUAACACUUCAUUUAAAUUAAGUGCAUUAUUAACAUUAUUUUAAACGAAACCAUACUGUCUUGUUAAAUUGUUGGCAACGCAGAACGAUUUUAAGUAACGCGGACGCGCAGGAUCAGCAGCAGUGCAGCAGUUGGUGCAUAGACAUUUUGUUAUCACUUGCUUUGCGGAGGCGAGCGCAAACGGCCGCAGGAUUGUGUCAGCAGAGUUAUGUCGCCGCGACGCUGGAUUUUAUUGCUCAUCUUUUACAUAGCGUACUUGAUGUUCGGUGCCAGCAUCUACUAUCACAUAGAGCAUGGCAUCGAGAAACAACAACGUGCGACGGAUCUGCGCGAACGUAUUGAAAUGAAUGAAUACCUCGUUAGCGAAUUGUCCGGCAAAAACGAGAGCACCAUCACAGAGAUACUUGAAAACAUUUCCGAUUAUUGCGGUAAAAAGGUGACGAACUACACAGCGGAUGAAUUUGAGCCACCUUAUACAUGGACAUUUUAUCAUUCGUUUUUCUUCGCCUUCACUGUCUGCUCAACCGUCGGUUAUGGCAAUAUAUAUCCCACCACUUUAGCGGGACGGCUGAUUAUGAUAUUUUACUCGAUCAUCGGCAUACCGGUUAAUGGUAUACUUUUUGCGGGCUUGGGUGACUACUUUGGCAAAACGUUCGAGUUAAUUUAUCGCCGCUAUAAAAAGUUCAAAUUGUCACGCGAUAAACAUUAUGUGCCACCACAAUUGGGUCUACUCACCGCUAUACUGAUCGCCCUGAUACCGGGUAUCGGUAUUUUUAUACUGUUACCAGCGCUUGUGUUUACAUAUUUCGAGAAGUGGUCUUACUCCAUUUCGAUUUAUUUCGCUUAUGUAACCACAACAACUAUUGGUUUCGGCGACUAUGUGCCCACUUUUGGAGCAGAUCAGCCACGCGAGUUCGGUGCUUGGUUUGUGGUAUAUGAGAUAUUCGUCAUAAUGUGGUUCAUAUUCGCUUUGGGAUACUUAGUUAUGAUUAUGGGCUUCAUAACGCGUGGUUUACAAAGUAAGAAACUAAGACGUUUAGAACAACAACUAUCGACGAAUAUAAAAACAACACAAAAUCGCAUAUGGAGUGGUGUUACGAAAGAUGUCGGACAUUUACGAAGGAUUUUGAAUGAGCUGUAUAUACUGCGAGUGAAGCCGGUCUAUACCGAGCCGGAUCCAACACUGCAGCUGCACCGUUCGAACUCUGCACCCGAGCUCACCAUGUAUCGCGAGGAUGCGCCACCUGAAUUCCCGCGCAAACGCGCCUUCUCUGAAACGUAUGACGUCAUCGAGGCGCGUGGCGCUCUCGCGCCCAUUCACGCUUCUUCCGAUACUGCUCUCGAUAAAUUGGAUAAACAGAAAUCCUUCCAGGACGCAGAUGCUUUUCUGCAAACUACCGAACUGUUGGCCAAAGUGGUUGGUGCUUUGGGCGCUGUCCGUGUGCCACCCCCAGAGGAGGAUGAAUUCAGCAUGUAUGGUGGUUAUCACGGACUGUCUGAUUCGCAAAUAUUGGCUAGUGAGUGGUCGUAUCCGAGUAUUCAUGAGGCACCUAAGCCUCGUGGACGCGCCAACUCCGAUUACAACUUCGAGCCACCAUGGCGCCAACGUCGUCCCACUGCAUUGCCAACGGAAUGGACAUGGAGCGGUGAUAAUGAGCGCAUACAAGAGGCGAUCAACAAUCGUUACAAGGAGGGUGAUAGUCGUGAUCUAUAUCGGUCAAGUUUCGGUUUACCGCCACGCGAAUAUGUUGUGAAUAUGGAGGAGGAUGAGCCACCAAAGCCGCGUGUAAAGAAGUUCUCAAUGCCUGAUGGUUUGCGUAAAUUGUUCCCGUCAAAGAAGCGACCCUCACAAGAACGCAUAACUGCCGCUGAGGCUGGCACGGAUGUUUCGAUGCCAAAUGGCACACGCCGCUUUUCGAUUAUGAGCGUGCCAGAGUCGGCGCGUCGCGCACCACCGCUCGACUAUUACAGCACAGUGGCAGCUGAUGCGAAUGCGCCUUAUUAUGGCAAUGGCAAACCUUCAGGUUUACCUGGCGCGCCUAGCAGUUAUCCUUCGGAUGGCAGUUUGACAUCGAAACAGCCAUCGGGUGCACUCAAUGGUUUGGCAGCUGGUGCACGUCGUGGCAGUAAUGCCGUUGUUGGUGGUGGUCCACGCAAAAGACGCGAAUCCAUAUUUACGCAAAAACCAUCCGCAGGCGUGAGGCGUGGAAGUCUGUUUCCCACUUCCAAUGCGGCUGGACUUACACAACGCCGUGGCAGUCUUUUUACGUCUGGUAUGCAGCCAAACACAGGCACGCCAUCGCGUCGUGGCAGUCUUUUCCCCACUGGGGGUCGUGGUGCAGCUGAUCGUCGUCCUAGUCUCUUCUCGGUUGCCUCAGAGGAGGAACGAGAGGUGUUGGAGAAUACAACAAUUGCUGAUUUGAUACGCGCUUUAGAGGUGAUGCAUACGCAAACUGUAAUGGAGGAAGCCGCCGACAGCCCGCCAGUAAUAACCCAUAGCGAUAUGGGUGGCAUCUUUGGUGGCAGUAAUAAACAACGUAAAAUGGGUAAUGCUGGCAUGGACUUACCAGACGUGCCACCAUUAUUCUCACUCUUCAGCAAUGACAAUAAACGCGCUAUGAACAACGCCGCUGCCAAUCGUUUAUAUGCACGACGCUCCACAGUUGUUGGCGCUUUGCCCACCUCGUUCAAUGCGCCCACAGGCUCAACAACAACGCUUGCGGCGUCAGGUCCAACUAGCAUGCUGACGCGCCGCCGCAAGUCAUCAGCUGUGCAACAAAUACCCGAACCACCGCCAAGUUAUAGUGAACGUGAUACCAAUGUAUCGUCAACAACUAACAGUACUACUACGCCUAGUAAUAAAUUCAAACGUCGCUUCAGUGUGCGGCCUACAGCGCUACAAAUUCCGCCGGGUAAGGCGCCACCACCGGGUGCGAAUAUGAAUGCCGCAUUAGCGUCACAAAAUAUAGUACCAACAGCGCCAACAUUACCAUCAGCAUCUACGCAAAGCGUCUUGCAGCGUCGUCUUUCGUUACGUCCAUCGCCUUUGGCGCGCGAGCUCAACAUUUCAACAUCGACUUCGUCGGCGAGCAGUUCAGGUGAUCCCAGUCCGACCAGCCCGACGGGCAGCGGUGGCACCGUGACGAGUACUACUCGCUUGCUACCCUCAACUUCCAUUGCUACGCCGGCUGUUGGCGCGGCCACACGUCCGCCUACAACUGGCAGCACACAUUCGCCACUCUCGCGAAUCGUGCAGAUCGCACAAGCGCAAAGAAAGAGUAGUAUGCAGGAGGGAUUUCCGCUGGAGCGUACACAAAAGCCGGAUGAUGUGUAGAGGUCGGCAGUAUUCAAGUUUAUUUAAGUAAUUUCAAAGUGCCUAAAAACAGUUUUAUGUUAAUAAUAAUAACACCACUCAUGGGUUGUGUACUGACAGCUAAAGCAAAGACAUAAGCGCAAUAACGGUAUGCCAUAAGUUUGCCACAGUUUAUUUCAAAUAACUGAAACUAUUAGUAUUAUUUGUUACAAUCGUAAAUUAUGCAUAAA